CCAUUUUCCUCCGCCUCUGGUUGUCAAGAAGAUGGCAGCUUCCAGGCAGGCAUGAGAGGAAAUACUUCUUCACAAAUCGAAUGAAUUUGGAUUAUUGCCGCAAGAUUAGAGCACAUACCGGUGUUUUUGCAAUUACUGCAUCGAAUUAAAAGUCAUGUCUGCCCCUGGCUCCGCGGUGUCUGGGACCACGGCGUCGGUUCUGCAGCCGCGAUGGAAACGGGUCCUCGGAUGGUCCGGUCCUGUUCCCCGGCCCAGACAUGGACACAGAGCUGUGGCUAUAAAGGAGCUUAUGGUUGUCUUCGGCGGUGGAAACGAAGGGAUUGUGGAUGAGUUACAUGUAUACAACACAGCAACAAACCAGUGGUUUAUCCCAGCAGUCCGUGGUGAUAUUCCCCCUGGUUGUGCUGCGUAUGGUUUUGUCUGUGAUGGCACAAGGUUGCUGGUAUUUGGUGGAAUGGUGGAGUAUGGAAAGUACAGCAACGAUCUCUAUGAACUACAGGCCAGCAGAUGGGAAUGGAAAAAGUUGAAAGCAAAAAACCCGAAGAAUGGCCCUCCUCCUUGUCCUCGUCUCGGCCACAGCUUUUCACUGGUUGGCAACAAAUGCUACUUGUUUGGUGGGUUAGCCAAUGACAGUGAAGACCCAAAAAACAACAUUCCCAGAUACCUGAAUGAUCUAUACACACUCGAGCUCCGUGCGGGUUCCAGCGUGGUUGGAUGGGAUAUUCCGAUCACAUACGGAGUUCUGCCUCCUCCUCGUGAGAGCCACACGGCUGUGGUAUACACAGAAAAGACGAGCAGGAAGUCUCGCUUGAUAAUCUAUGGAGGAAUGAGCGGUUGUCGUCUUGGAGAUCUAUGGACACUUGAUAUCGACACUCUGACAUGGAACAAACCAUCAGUAAGCGGCACAGCGCCACUUCCCCGAAGUCUUCACUCUGCCACUACCAUCACAAACAAGAUGUAUGUUUUUGGAGGAUGGGUUCCUCUGGUGAUGGAUGACGUCAAAGUGGCAACCCACGAGAAAGAGUGGAAAUGCACAAACACUCUUGCCUGCCUAAAUCUUGACACCAUGUGUUGGGAAACAGUAUUGAUGGAUACUCUUGAAGACAACAUCCCCAGGGCCCGUGCAGGCCACUGUGCUGUGGCCAUCAAUUCCAGACUGUAUGUUUGGAGUGGCCGUGACGGUUAUCGUAAAGCUUGGAACAACCAAGUCUGUUGUAAAGACCUCUGGUACUUGGAAACAGAGCGGCCGCACGCCCCAGCCAGGGUGCAGCUAGUCCGUGCCAACACAAAUUCCCUGGAAGUGAGUUGGGGUGCAGUGUCCACAGCUGACACCUACUUGCUGCAGCUGCAGAAGUAUGACAUCCCUGCGACUCCAGCUGCAGCAUCACCAGCCAUGAGUGCAACCCCAUCGCAGCCUCUUAACUCUCCAAAGAGCCCUGCACCGGCUGCUGCAGCACCCUCCGCUCAGAGCUUGCCGCAGACAGCCGUUUUAAAGGUUGCAGCUCAACAGUCUGCUACAGGCACAUCUGUUGUCACAGUUCGCCCCAGCCAGCCGGGGAAAUCUCCUGUCACUGUGACAUCCCUUCCUCCAGGUGUUCGAAUGGUAGUGCCUGCCCAGACCACCCAAGGAUCGCCAAUUGGAAGUAGCCCUCAGAUGAGUGGCAUGGCAGCUUUAGCUGCUGCAGCUGCAGCAACACAGAAGAUCCCGCCCUCUUCUGCAGGCACUGUCCUCAAUGUUCCUGCAGGUGCCACCAUUCUCAAAACAGUUGCUGUUUCCCCUGGCACAACCACAGUGAAAGUGGCUUCUCCAGUCAUGGUCAGUAACCCAGCUACCCGGAUGUUGAAGACAGCUGCAGCCCAGGUCGGCACAGCAACCGCGUCCUCUCCCACCACCACCAGACCCAUCAUCACUGUGCACAAGUCAGGCGCAGUCACAGUAGCUCAGCAGGCCCAGGUGGUCACCACUGUGGUGGGAGGAGUGACCAAGACUAUCACCUUGGUCAAGAGUCCCCUCACCAUGGGCAGCAGUGGCACUCUGAUCUCCAACCUUGGCAAGAUGAUGUCUGUGGUACAAACCAAGCCAGUGCAGACAUCAGCUGUCACAGGCCAGGCUUCCACUAACCCUCUCACACAGAUCAUACAGACAAAGGGUCCCCUCCCAGCCGGCACCAUCCUGAAGCUGGUGACUUCUGCAGAUGGCAAACCCACAACCAUCAUCACCACUUCCCAGGCGGGAGGCACGGGAAACAAGCCCACUAUCCUCAACAUCAGUGGCGUCUCUCCAACCACGACAAAGCAGGGCACCACCAUCAUAAAGACCAUCCCCAUGUCGGCCAUCAUGACCCAGCCUGGAGCUACAGGUGUGACAAGCAGCGCUGGUAUGAAAACACCAAUCACAAUCCUUACCACAAAGGUAAUGACCACUGGAACUCCUGGUAAAAUCAUCACUGCAGUGCCCAAACUUGCCACUGCAGCCGGCCAACAGGGACUGACACAGGUGGUCUUGAAGGGUGCUCCUGGGCAACCUGGCACUAUUUUGCGCACUGUGCCCAUGAGCACGGUGGGUGGUGUUCGUCUCGUUACACCAGUGACAGUGUCUGCCGUUAAACCCGCUGUCACCACUCUGGUUGUCAAGGGGACUACUGGUGUCACCACUCUUGGCACAGUCACUGGUACAGUCUCAACUAGUUUGGCAGGAGGCACAGUUGAUAGUUCAAAUGCUUCUCUGGUUACCCCCAUCACCACGCUGGGAACCAUCGCUACCCUGUCCAGUCAGGUCAUCAACCCAACUGCCAUAACUGUGUCAGCUGCUCAGACUAGCCUGACCUCUGCCUCCACACUGCCCUCCUCUACCAUCACAGUGCAGAACCAGCCCACCCAGGUGACUCUGAUCACAACUCCCAGUGGCGUAGAGGCUCAACCAGUGCAGGAUCUACCUGUGUCGAUCUUGGCUUCACCAACCUCUGAGCAGCCCAGCUCCACUGAAGCUGGAGCAGGCGGAGAGGGCUCCGGCACCGUCACACUGGUCUGCUCCAACCCUCCCUGUGAGACCCACGAGACAGGAACAACCAACACAGCCACCACCUCGUCUGCCACCAUCGGAGCAGGACAGGUCUGCUCCAACCCUCCCUGUGAGACCCACGAGACCGGAACCACCAACACAGCCACCACCUCUUCUGCUACAAUCGGUGCAGGGCAGGUGUGCUCCAACCCACCAUGUGAGACCCAUGAAACGGGCACCACCAACACAGCCACAACUGCAUCCUCAAACAUGACUGCGUUACGCGUGUGCUCCAACCCGCCGUGCGAGACCCACGAAACAGGGACAACUAACACGGCUACCACAGCGUCGUCUAACAUGGGAGGAGUCCAGCAGUUGUGCUCCAAUCCACCCUGCGAGACCCACGUGACGGGCACCACCAACACAUCCACCCAAGCUUCCUCCAACAUGAACGCAGGCCAGACUAGCACCGUGCAGAGAGUGUGCUCCAAUCCACCCUGCGAAACCCACGAGACGGGGACCACCAACACUCCGUCCACAGCCACCUCCAGCAUGGGAGGAGACCAGACCAGCACGGCGACGGGCAUGGUCCAGAGGGUUUGUUCCAACCCACCAUGUGAAACACACGAGACCGGGACCACCAACACAGCCACCACCGCCACCUGCAGCAUGGAGACAGGCGAAGGCACAGCAGCCCAGCAGACAGAGGAAGGAGCAGAAGGUACCAGCAGCACAGAAGUGGCCUCCACCACUGCAGCAACUGGCAUGGCUACCACCACCCAGGGCAGGGCCAUUACUACUGUCACUCAGUCUACACCAGCUCCUGGACCCUCUGUACCCUCGAUCUCAUCAAUCACAGAGGGGGCGAGUACUGCUGCCAGCUCCACAGAGGAGCCCAUGCAAACUGAUGAGGCAGCAUCAGCAGAAGCUGCACCUGCUGAGGAGGGAGCCACUGCUAUGGAGACACAAGCAGAGGGAGAAGCAGCAGCAGCGACAGCGUUGAACCUGCCUUCAGAGCUGAUGUCUGAGGGCCAGGGAGCCACACUGAUGGUGACGGGGCUGUCGGAUGAGGAACUGGCUGUGACUGCAGCAGCAGAGGCAGCUGCUCAGGCAGCAGCCACCGAAGAAGCCCAGGCCCUCGCUAUCCAGGCCGUUCUCCAGGCAGCUCAGCAAGCCGUAAUGAAUGAGGGUGAUGCUGCUGGAGAGAGCCAGCAACCCACCACCAUCCCCAUCAUGCUGACCCAGCAAGAGCUUGCAGCCCUUGUCCAGCAGCAGCAGCAGCUGCAGGAGGCUCAGGCUGCAGCCCAGCAGGCUGCCGUGGACACGAGCUUACCCACUGAGGGCCUCGCUCCUGCUGACAGCCUCAACGACCCUUCUGUCGAGAGCAACGGACACAAUGAAAUGGCUACUACAGUCACUGGUGCUGUGGCGUCCCUUCUGCCACGCACCACUGCUGAGACACUCGCUCCAUCAAGUACAUUUGCACCCUCUGUAUCCGUGGCAAGUCCAGCCAAGCUGCAAGCAGCAGCCGCUCUAGCAGAGGUCGCCAAUGGCAUCGAGGGAGAGAAACAAGCCCCUCAACCAACCCCAGUGAAGCCUGUUGUAAAAAAAGAGAACCAGUGGUUUGACGUCGGGAUUGUUAAAGUGACAAAUAUGGUUGUCACCCACUUCUAUGUGCCAGCAGAUGAUUCUCAAGGAGAUGAUGACUCUGGCAUCAUGCCAGACUACAGCCAGAUGAAGAAAAUGGAGCUUCAGCCUGGAACAGCUUACAAGUUCCGUGUUGCUGGAAUCAACGCUUGCGGUCGUGGAGCUUUCUCGGAGAUCUCUGCGUUUAAGACUUGCCUACCAGGUUUCCCAGGGGCACCUUGCGCCAUCAAAAUCAGCAAGAGCCCAGACGGUGCCCACCUGACCUGGGAGCCGCCCUCGGUGACGUCAGGGAAGAUCAUUGAGUACUCCGUGUACCUGGCUAUCCAGAGCAACCAGACAGCUGAAGCCAAGGCCUCCACCCCGGCACAGCUAGCCUUUAUGCGUGUGUAUUGUGGACCCAACCCCUCUUGCUUGGUGCAGUCGUCCAGCCUCUCCAACGCCCACAUCGACUACACCACCAAGCCAGCCAUCAUCUUCCGCAUCGCCGCCCGCAACGAGAAGGGCUACGGCCCCGCCACCCAAGUUCGAUGGCUGCAAGAAUCUGGCAAAGACGCAGCCUCUGCAAAACCGGCCCCCAAAAGACCAGGCACCUCUCCCGAUACUAAGACUACUGGUCCAAAGAAAGCAAGGACGGACCAGUGAGGUUGCCCAGAGACCCCUCCCAGUCUUUUGUCCUUUUUCCACUCGCUGUCCUUUUUAUCAGGAAGACUGACCUUCACCCCUCCUUCACCUCCUCAUCCUAAUCUCAUCCUCCAACCCCCCCCUCCCCCCCCACCGUCUCAGAUCAAGGCAGCAAUGGAGGCAGAACAACCGUAUGAAGCCAAGAUGAAAGUCAAAUCUGAGAGAUGUUUCUGUAGAUAAAACCCUCCUUCCUCCUCGUUCUGUUGGUCGUACUAUUUUUAGAGCAACACAAACCUAGAAGCACAUUAUCUUUUUCAGUCACAUCCCCUUCCAUCCUUUAACAUCUAUUUUUGGCUUGUUUCAGUAGUUGAACAGUAUAGAGAAGCAUUUACAUCUUUCACAAACUGGGAGCCAGCCUGAGCGCAAUGUUACCUUUUUCUUUUUUUUUCUUUUCUUUUUUUUUCUCUUCGUCUGUGUUUUGUGAAUUCUGGGGAGGGGGGGGGAUGUAGAGAGAGACUACAUGAAAUGAUGUACAGUGUUGAAAAAAAAGGCUGUGGAGGCAUUAGUUUAGAUGAGAGGAAAAAUCGGUAUGGAAACAAAUAAAGCACUUGUCCUCAACGAAUGAGGACAUCAUUUUUUUCCCUUUCUCUUUUUUUGCUCAAAAACAAAUUUGCUUCAUCGAGAACCAAGUCUGUACAGUCAUCGUACUGGACUCCCAUCUCCUGGUAAUGUCAUCACUGUGCGCUUUUUACCCCAAGAUGAGGACCGGUGGCCGAAAACUUUGAAGUGGACAAAAAAGAAUGGCAAAGGAAAGAGAUUUGUAGAGAACGAAUGACAAGACUUUGCUAGGACUGAGACUUGCAGCACACACACACACAUAAAAAAAAAAAAAAACCUUGCAAAAUCUUCCCAAAAAAUUAGCAAGCAAUGACGCAGAAGAUCUUUUGUGUAGUUUAUUUUUGUAUUUUUUAAGCUUUUUUUUUUCUUUUUUUUUUUUUCUCCUGUGUGUAUGUGUAUGUUGUGUGCAUUUUUAAAGAAAAACAUCACUUUUUUUAACUGUUGUUCAUCCCAAUAGUUUGUGUUCGUGGGAAGAUGGGUGGCUGUGUUGAGGGUGCCACUAUAUUUUUAAAAAAAAAAAGAAAAAAAAUCUUCAUUCAGUUGGUUGUAUGUUCUUGUUGUUAACAGAUGGUAUUGAAAGAGAGAAAGACUUUUGUAUCUGUUCCAAGUAGAACCGCAGAGGUUAUAGGACUGAAGGGAACUUUGAAGUGGACCCAGGGAGAGGAGAGUUUUUACUUUGUUUACUACUCAAUGCUUGUGUUGCUUCGUUUGCCAAACAUGGAAUUUCACGGGGUAUGAGGAACGUUACCAUCAGAUCUUUUCAUACCUUUCCCUCGUUAACAUCCCGAUCAGUUGUCCGACGCUUUUUAUGCUCAUGAAUGUGGUGUCUCACCUCUUCUUUAAUUUUUAGAAUGGCAAAAUUAUAUUAGUAGACAUAUUUUCCCUACCCUAUUGAUGUAUGUGAAUCCAUUUAAUAAAUUUUAAUUUUUUUCCUUCCACGGCUCUGUAUUUCAGACUACAGAUGGUGUGCAAGCUAACUGUGACAUGUUCAACCCAUGUGUCUUUGAAUGGGGAUGUCUUGGGAAAGAAAAGCUUACAUAGCCGGAGUGUACUCACUUGUAAAUUAGUUCGUUCAUAGAGCAAGAAUAAAACAAACAAAAAAAAAAAA